CGCUUGUCAAACAGAUCAGACUGAAACGUAACUACGCAAUGGACUUUUAUUAUUUGCCAGCUUCAGCUCCAUGUCGUGCCGUUCUCAUGGUAGCCAGGGCCGUAGGCGUUGAGUUAAAUAAGAAGCUGCUGAACACCUUGGCAGGUGAACAACUAACGCCCGAAUUCGUGAAGAUCAAUCCACAGCAUACGAUUCCCACUCUGGUGGACAAUGGCUUCUCCAUCUGGGAGUCUCAAACAUUCCUAGAAGGUCAGAAAUUUGUGGCUGGCGAUACUUUGACUGUGGCCGACUUUUCCAUUGUGGCCACAGUUUCCACAUUUGUUGCGGCUGACUUUGAUAUUGCCAAAUACCCAAAUGUGGCCCGUUGGUAUGAGGCCGUUCAGAAGGUAAUACCCGGUUGGGAUGAGGGCUUGGAUGCGAUGAAAGAAUGGAUCGCAGAGAAACGCAAAGAAAAUGCAACUAAGUAAAACAAAAGAAAUCAGUAAAUUAUGAAACAGAUUG